AUGCUUUCGGGCAAAGACAAAGAGGAUCCAGAGGAUCCAGAGGCUUCAACUCACGGGUCAAUACCGGCGCUUCGUCCAGAGACUGACGAUCCAAAUGAGGACUUGGGAACAGGCCAUGUGCAAUGUACAGUAUGUAGCAGUACCUUUCGACGACCGGAGCAUCUGAAACGUCACCUGCGGAGCCAUACGAAGGAGAAACCGUUUGAAUGUGCCCACGACACACUCCACCGACAUGAGAUGAGCCACCAUACAACAGGGAGCGAGGGCAAAGAUCGAACCCACCGUAUCACAGUCAAGACAUUCCGUGCUUGCUUUGGUUGCGCAACGGCGCGUGUCCGAUGCAGCGGCGGGAUCCCCUGUGGACGGUGUGACACCCGCUCGCUUGAAUGUCAAUAUCCAACACAGAGGCGGUCCAAGGCGAAAGCCCUGAGAGAUUCGGACAUUAAGGGAGCUGACGCUGGCAACCCCAAUCCCGCGCAUCGUGCUUCCAAUGCAAGCUCCCAUAUAAACCAAUUCCCUAUACACAGACCAAGUGAUCCCACUUCGUCAUCAAAGCCAUUGCUUGGUGUCUUUUCUACAAACACUGACCAGUUUCAACCGACCCAGUCGAACGUACACCGCGCGAAUGGGGAGGCAUCAAAUACACAUGCCUAUCAACCGCGUACAAAGCAGGAACCAUCGACAGCACGACCACCGUUGAGUGUAUAUAAUGAAGGUGUCAAUUCAACAUAUAAUCACUCAAAUCCCGGUGUCCCCAAACUCUCCGUUGGUUCGUCUAACCUAGACUCUGAAGUAGGGGGUCUCCAACCAACGAUGUCUGAUUUAGCGGUCGACAUCGAGAUGACAAUGGAAGAUGCCCCGUCUUUGGGAUUUGACCCUAGUCUCUUCGGCCAGUCAAUGCAUUCUACCAUCAACUGGCUUCCAACCGAAUUAAUUCCAGGGGCCUUGCUCGAUCAGACACAGCCUGUCUCUUCGCAUCAUAGCCAAUCCUUUGGUCCAGGUCCAUACUUCUCUCACAUCGCAUGGCAACCACCGGCCGUUCUUUCUGGACAGACCAGCUCAUCGCAUCAUCAAGCAUCCUCUGAGAGGCUAUCAGCGCACAUUCCUGCGAGCAACAUGGAAAGCCCUGGUCGAUACUCCCACGGAAUUAGCGAAACCUCACCGCAGACAAUAUCAUCGGAAUCCGCCAAAGGAUCAGUGGACAAUUACGCCGAGGUCGUGGGACCCAGACAAAAAAAAUCCAGAACGAAGUUCUUACCAUGGUCUGAUUCGCCUGCCAGCACGAUCACUCUUGGAAAGCAGAUACUCCUCGAAGACCCUGAACGUCGAUUUGGCUUUCCUGUCUUUUCCGGGCGCCAUGCAGAUCAGAUACCUUCAGAUGUAGAGCGGCAUUUUCCAAGCAUCGAAUCCUCCACCUAUGAUGAGUUACAUCGGCAAUUUACCUCGCUCUGUCGCAGCGAAAAUCCAUUUUGCGAAACCUUUGAAACAGAGAGAUUCCCCACCGCGGACGAACUCACUCGCUUUAUUGCCCUUUUCUUUGAUUCUUUCCAGGCUGUAUAUCCAAUUCUGCAUCUUCCAACAUUCAAUCCAAACUCAUGCCAUUGGCUCUUGACAACAUCAAUAGCAGCGCUUGGUUGCCAUGUCGCACACAUUCCUGAGAUGGAGCAGUAUACAUCAGCUCUUCACGAGUUUCUUCGGCGAGGCAUCUUUGUUGAGGUAAGUGAACAAUCUCAUUGUGAGGUUCGUUCGACUCACAUACAACAGAAGAAAAAAGACCACCGGGCUCAGACUUCUCUUGAAAUCCUGCAAGCUAUGCUGUUCAACUGUAUUGGGUUGGUUCAUAGCGGAGCCGAACGUGAUAUAUACUCGGCCUCAGGUACCUUUGGCGAGCUCAUAACCCUCGUGAAGACCAUCAGAUUGUUGGCACCGCGAAAGGUUUACCUAGACGGGGCAUCGCAAGAUGAAGAUUGGAAUUGUUGGGUGCAAGACGAGGUCAAGAGACGCACUGGUUACUGCAUCUGGCUCUUGGACUGUACCCUUGCGUACUAUUUUGAUAACAAACCCUUGCUAUCACUAGAUGAUGGACAGGCUUCGCUACCUGCUCACGAGAAGCUAUGGCAGGCGGCCUCAGCAGGAAGCUGGAAAAAGUUGUGGGAGAAAUUGUCAGCCAACGAAUCAUUAUAUAACGCAGUUCAUAUUCUCUACGUCGAGAAAAGGCUGAUACCCGGCAUUGGAGAAUUCAGUCACAUCCUAAUCAUCCAUGCUCUCUACCAUCGAACAUGGGAGGUAGGAGAUUACUUCCGUCGGCCUUUAUCAUUCUGGAAUCCCACCGCUAAAAAGCAAUCCCGCGAAACCGCCAUUCCCACCGGCUCAGUCUGGCUCCCAGGAAUCCCUUCAUACUCUAAGUGGCGUAACAGCGCAUGUGACUGCCUCGAUAUUCUACAUUGGACCGCAAAUAGCACAGUAGCCAAAGCUGCCGGUCUUGAGCACCCAACCGUCCUUCACCUCCACGCCGCCCGACUGAUCCUGCUAGCUCCGUUCCGCGAAAUGCGCUCCCUUGCCACCGCCUUGGCAACAGAAAAGCUACCCUGGAGCAAACGACACCAGUCUUUGGAAUGGCAGUAUGUCCGACGCUGGAUAGAGCACGAUCAAUACAAAGCGCGUCUAUCGAUCAUUCAUGCCGGUGUGACCCUCUGGCACAUCCGCCGCUAUUCUACCAACGCAUUCCACGAACCCGUCGCAAUCUUCAUUGCAGUCCUGACGCUCUGGGCAUAUGGAGCUUGCCAUGCGCAUGCAUCUCACGAGUCGACACCGCUUUCCCAUUCACAGACACCUCGUGUUGAGCCUGGACAUGACUCAAGGCUCAUUCAUCUAGAUCGGCCUUGCGACGAUGAACUUGUGCAGCUCUUUGUUCGGGAGGGUCAUUCCAUGAGGGCCAGUCUUUCCGGUGUUGGUGAUCUUUGUGGUGCCGAGGGUCCUGAACGGCUCCUGCGGGUCGGUUGUGGGAUUCUUUCGGAAAUGAAUGCGUGGGGAACUUCGAGCAAGUUUGCGGCAAUCUUGUCCAGACUUGCUGAUUUGACUUCGCAUCACUCUUGGAAUCACUCUUCCGUAUGA